GGCGCUCCGCUCCGCGUCAGUACGCUCGUGAACGCGCGCCGGUGAGAACGCGCUCUCGAGCUUUCCGUCUCGGCGUCACGUCCUCGACCGCACGAUUUUCGAUGCGCCGGACGUGCAGGAACGUGUAAGAACGUGUAGUUAAUCGCUCCUUCGCCGUGGUGCGUCAAACAAAUGCACCAUGAAUAAGACGGAAUUCAGCAUUGUCCUGAGCACGGAGCCACCGAGGACGUCUCCGAGCGUGAUUCACUCUCACAUUCCGGUACCCAGAAUAUCAGCUGCGAUCAAGGCCCAAGAGAAAUGUCCUCCAAAGCGCAGAGGGUCCUUCGAGAAGCUCGGCCGCGGAACGGGUACCGUGGCUGCUCAAAAGGCGUCCUUCGAGAAGCUCGACGCCUCCGUCGUGCAGCUGAGACCCCGCAAUAACAAUCCAUUGUCCAUCUCCAGCAUCGAGAUGCGAAACACCGAAGAGAAAUUCGUGCCGGUGAGCACUUACAGGACAAACGACGUCGUCAAGAUCAACAGGAGCAACAGCUUCGUGGAGAGCAAGUGGAAAAGCAAGUACGACGAGUCGGAGAAGAAACGGAAAUUCUUAUUACAGAGGAGCGAAGCCGCAACUAAGGAGUACACAGACUUGGAGAAAAAGUACCAACAUUUGCAGAGGGAAAAUAAUCUACUGCAAUCGCACGUUCAAGAGAGAGAGCAAAAGUUGCUAAAAUUGCGAACAGUUUCUGAAGCAGUGUGCAAGGAGUACGAACAGCUAAAGCAUCAAUAUGACGUGGAAACGAACGCUAUGCACAAAGCUAUGCAACAAGCAUCUCAGUGGUACCGACAAAACCGCGAGCUCAAGCGAAGGUCCCAAAUCAUCGCGCAAAACUUUUUACACAGCAAUCCGGAGAAGGCGGUGGAUUUCGAGGUGUCCGACGAGGUAGAUUCGAAUUUCGAAGAUUUAGAUCAAUUGAGGCAAACGGUAAAAGAAUUGAGCGGUGAAAUAGCACGGCUUCAAACGGAACUUCAUUCCGCGCGGCUUCAGGAAUUCGAGGCACAGGAACAGGUGACGCAGCUAACCACGCAGCUGGAGGAAGAAAAAGCCCUCCGGCAAAAAGGCGAGGAAAAAAUUAAAGAGAUGAAGAUACACAAAGAAAAUAUGGAGAGAGUCACGAAAAUGGUAGCUGAGGAAGUGCAGGCGUUAAAGACGCAAUGCGACCGCGAAAGGGAAAACGCGAAAAUUCUGAAAAUAGAAGCCGACAAGGUCCAGAAAGAACGAAACGUCUUAGCACAUCAAAGCGCACUUUUGAUGGCCGAGGUCGGAGACGACCCGAAUGGAAGACUGUUAACCGUCCUACAGGAAGUGGAAUCCCUGAAGAGGCUGUUAGAGGAGGAGCAGCAGAAUCACGCUUCCCAAGUGCAAAUGCUGCAGGAGAAGUUGGAGGAGAAAGAGUCGAAUGUGGAAUUUGAGAUUGUCGAGGAAAAGUUGAAGCUCGCAGAGUCCGAGUUAGAGGUGGUUCUCCAGAGAGCGGAAAGAGCCGAGAAAUCGGCGGCAGAACUCGAGGAUGUCGUACGAUGCCUAAAACAGGAAGUCAGCGAGUUAGAGGAAAAAGUCUCGAGACCGCCGCCGCCACCAUUGCCGCCGCCACCACCGCCGCCGCCACUGAUGUCACCGAUUGGGCAAUCCUCGAUAAAAUUGCUAACCAAAGAAAAAUUGACGUCGGAGCGUACAGCCGUAAGCGACAUGGAAAACAUGCUUGGAAUUACGCCGAAGAAAACGCCUGCGCUCGCGCAACAACCCGCCAUCGAUGAUAUUAUCAAUCAAAUUAAAGGCGGUCGAUUUACGCUAAAGCAAACAGACAAACAGAGAGAGGAAGCGCGUAGGAGACGACAAGAAGCAGAGAGUGCGCCGCCAGCAGUUUCCGAAAUGUUAAAUAUCCUUGGCACUAUGAGACGGAGAGCUAAACCGAUAAGGCAGUCUCUCAAAUCUACGGAUGCGGCAUCGUAGUAAUUGGAUUUUUUUCAACAAUUUGAUAUUCCAAAGAUUUUAAGUCGAUACCAAGUCUCGUACGAAAAGAUAUAUUGUAAAACGAUUUGACACAUACAUGCCAUUACACACUUACACAUCGCAUACACGCAGAA